GAUCAGAACUUAACAGCCGGAAUUAGAGAUUGGAGUCUGUUAAUUUUUAUUCAACUUUUGAACGCUUAGAGAUGGGAAAUUCUAUCAAACCUCAUAUUCAAAAUGCAGAAAAAACUGGAGUCUGUCAGCUGUGUAAUAUGGGCCUGACAGAGUUCCCCGGGGACCUACUGAGAUUAGUGUCGAAUCUACGAACAUUGGACCUCUCAGACAACAAAUUGCCCUCUCUUCCUCCAGCCAUCGGGAAAUUUCAGCACUUAAAAAGCUUCACGGCUAAUUCAAAUAGACUCGUUAUCUUACCAGAAGAUUUCUUCUCGCUGAAGAAGCUUGAUACACUCUGUUUAUCUGGUAACCGUUUGACGAGCAUCCCAUCAUCCAUUACUAGACUGUCGUCUCUGAAAUCUCUUCACCUAUCUGGCAAUCAGAUCAAGAACUUCCCUACAGACAUAGGGGCCCUAAGACAUCUCGAUGUACUGGAUCUAUCAAAGAACCUGAUAACUCAGAUACCCGAUGGCUGCCAGACCAUCCAAGCCAUAGAAAUCAAUCUUAACCAAAAUCAGAUCUCAACGAUAUCUGACUGCGUAUCCCAGUGCCCGAGACUGAAGGUGUUGAGAUUAGAAGAGAACUGUCUUCAUAUCAACGCUCUACCAGCCAAGCUGCUCACUGAAUCUCAUGUCUCGUUACUAGCCCUUGAUGGAAAUCUCUUUGAGAUGAAAAAGUUCCAGGAGGUCCACGGAUAUGAAAAGUACAUGGAGCGAUACACAGCAGCUAAGAAGAAGAUGUUUUGAUGUGGAGCUAGUUGAUGCUUUGUGAGGCUAUCUCCAGGGUCCUGCUGCACAGAAAUGAAGUUGUAGCUGUGCAGAUUUCAUAUAUGGUGCUAACAUGUUUGACUGGUGUAAUGCGAGUUUUGUUAAAAAUCAGGCAUUAUAACCAGUAUCAAACUCUUCAUUCGGGUACCGGUUAGAAACUUAGGCCAAGGAGUCAUACAACAGGUUCUAGGACAUCUACCCUUCAAGGACAACUCCCCUGUGCCUGGCAAGUUGUCUUCAAAUUAGUUAUCGUUCGUCUGGAUAUUGUUUGGUUGACCUAAUUGCUGGCUAUCCACAAUGAAUCAUUUUUACAUGUAAUUACAUUUCAUAUGCUGGAAUCACAUUAAUUUUAACAAAUCAUUUCGUACAAACUGGUAAUUGUAAUGAAUUAAUCACCAUUCUCUAACAAUUCUACAGAGCCAUUUUUCGUUUUCUGUCAUCAAAAAGUCUCCUACUCGCGCACCUACUGUCAGUUGCCAUUUUGAACCAUGGUAAUAAUGUAUGUGGAUCUGAGCUGCUAUAUGAAGAACAAGACGAACAAGCGCCACAAAUGUUUUAGUGGGUGAAAUUGUGCCAUCUGAUGUCCAGAGUCCUAAUUUCGAUAUUCAGUUGCUAUUUGCAGUAGGGUUAUGAACAGCGCAGUUCUGACACUUCAAUAGUGACAAUAGAAAUUACAUGUAUUAAGGUCCACACAUAAUGUACAUUCCUCACACAUACAUGUGUCUAAUUUAACAUAGGUGGUUAAGGAGUCCUUUGGGAGACUUCAUCUGCAAGAUCUCCUCCAUGAGAUAUUUUUCUAAGAGUGUAUGUAAGAUCAUGUGUGAAUGGUAUCUGGGGAAGUUGUCUGUCUAUAGGAUCUGUUCUUGAGGAGUUGUCCUGUCAUACAUACAACUGAAGGUAGCUUCCUAUAUCCCGAAGCAGGUUUGAUUGUUAGAAACUGCACUUUUGUACUUGUUUCAUGUGAAGACAUGAGACAUGUAGAUUGUUUAUUGACUGUGAUAUGUCAUUCGUUAAUAACAAACUGUGAUGCAGAGAUUGAUUGUUGGCAUAAUUUCUUAGAUCUCUCUGAGAUGUUUGAACAUCCUGUAUCCUGAAGAUCAAGGAAGUAAAUAGCCGUGUUGAAACCUGGCAAGGUUACGCAUUGAUUGGAAUGGUGAUUUUUAGAAAGAUAGUUGGUUUGACAAAAGGUUUUAUUGUAAUAAUCAAUGUGAGGCAUGGGGACAAUAUACACCUACACGUUUCAUAAGUUAUUCAGAUAUGGUAUGCUAUUAUUCAAUUAUUACGUAAUUAACCUUUUCUUUUAAUUCAAUUUUCAUGAAUGAUGGCCAGUGAUGGAAUUGACAUUCUAGUGGAAUGUGAUUUGAGAGAUGCUUCUACUGUUCUUUCAUACCCUCAGUUUUUAAGUAACCUCAGUAAACAACUUUAAAUGAUACUUUUCCUUUUUUUAUCCUGUUAUAGGAAUGUUCUUUGUUUUUCUAUUGAAAUUUAAAAGAAUUUCUUGAAUUUGUAUGUUUCAUAGUGAUGAUAUCUUAUCCAAGUAUGCACUUGUGAAUGAACUUUGCUAUCAAAAUAAUUCAACCUUGAUUACAAUAAUUGGUUGAAUUGAAGUAAUGUUAGACUUUUUAUUCCUUAAGUUUAUUCUCAUAUGGAUUGGGAUGAAUUGUGUUGGUAUAAUGAAGGAAUUAUGAUUAGUAAUAGUGAAAUAAAUAUCAUUCAAUUAGGGUGUAUUUUUUCCAUCUCCUUUGCCUCUGAGAUGAAAAGAUAGCAUGGUCAUUUCAAUUGCUGUGCAACACUUUCUUAUAUAAGCGAAUGUGUCAUACAGUUGGUCCACUACACUAGAAGUUACUUCUCUGAUGAUACAACACCAACCAAAAAUUGUAUGAUAGCUCAACGAUCAAUCAAUAAUCAAUUUUGUUGAAAAAAAAUUGUUUUUAUCAAAUGCUGAAUUAUUUCAAUAUUUAUCACUCAAAUAUCAGAUAGUUCAGUAUGAAAACUGAUGUGAUAUUAAUUUCUUUUAGGGUUGCUUUCAGCUUAAAUUGGUAGAAUAUAUUCUUUUUGAGGAAUUUAAAAGUGUGCCUAUUGCUGACUAACACCAUUAAGUAAUUUGCCUACAGUUUUCAACUUAUUCAACUAAUACCUUCAGUUUCACGUCAGGAUAUUUAAAGGAGGAGUGAACUGUGUGUAGUCUCAUUGACUGUGUGUUAUAAAUACAUAGUCUUGAAAUAUAUGUUUUCAGAUCUCUACUCAUACUACAGAGAAUAAAUUGACCUAUAAUUGUAUUUGUAUAGAGAAAACUAAAAUGUUUUGAGAGGAAAAGUAAUUGCUUUGCUACUUGGUAACAUAAAUAUUGCGGUAUAAAUGUAUAGAGUAGUUACUUAGCAUGUUAUCAUUCAAGUGGGUUUCUAUUACCAGACUACAUUAGCAUUAUUGGUCAGGAAACUGUAGUUGAGGACUCGAGAUGGCGCUAUUGGUUCGUAUCUGCUUUAACACAACCUCUGUCUUUGAUAUAAUGGGAGGAGCACGUUUUAUAAUGAUUGAUUCAAAACCACUGUACAAUUAAAAUACAAAUACACUCCUAGUUCACUCUUUAUUCACACUUUUAUAUUGGAUUUGUUAAGCCAUUGCAUUUUUUUUAUUAUAAACUUUAAUAUUGGUACUGAUAUCAGGGCUCGACAUUGGCAGUGGCUGGGGGCAACCAACAAUGAGAGUCGGCCCACCAAAAUUUUGUAAAAGCCCACACUUUGUGGCCCAAAUGGGCUACCAAAGUUUUGAUGAAUUAUUAUGUUUUCUAUCAAUUGUUUGAGGGCCACCAAAAAAUUUAAGUGAUGAUUUUGAUGGACUGUAAGUGUGAAGUCUUGCUUAUAUGCUGAUUAGAGUAAGUGAUAGAACAGGAAAAUAACCUUAUUAACUUUUUAAUGCUGUUUAAACCAACAUUCCAAUUUGAAAAAUGGGUGUUGGACAAUCAAACAAGAUUUACUAUUUUAUGGAAUUUCCUCGGUUCAUAAUUAUGGCCUUGUCAAAGUCCUCACACAUGAUACUCAUUGGGUUAUCAGUUAAAUGGUAUCGAUUCAUCCAAAGAGUAAUUCCAUCAAAAAAAAUUCAGAUUAACAUUUUGAUUACAGUUUUGUUUGCCAUGAUGUACAUGUUUUGUCUGAACAAUUUUUUUCUGGAAUAGUUAAAGGAAUUCUGUUUUAUUUCAACAGUCUGUUCUGUGGUCCAAACCAUUUGCUUUAUGUAGGGGACCUUUCAGAUAGCUAAUUACCAAUUUCAAAAUUUUGAAUAAAGGAAGGAUGUUCAUCUGAUUAGAAAUGAAGACUGUGCCCUCUAUGCAAAUGGCUCAUUCUUGCCAAAUGUGCAACACAAACAUAAAAUGGUUUGCAGUUAUGCCUAAAAUAUGUUGACGGGCAUUUGGCAUUCUCUUGAGAACUAAAUCCAGUUAUAGAUGUUGGCAGUGAUAUACAAACAUCCCUUGCGGAGGAUUAGCAGUGUUCUUUCAUCAAAUUUAUUGAAAUUCUACAGGAUUAGCCUCUUUGGUCGACAUCAGUCUCGUCUUUCCAACCUCAAAGUCAGACCCUAUUCUGAUAUUUUAGUAUCAUUUCUAACCACAUGAAGCAUUAGUUAACUGUGCUGUUAAAGCAUAUGAUGCUAGUAAAACUGUGUGGAGAUCAGCAGGCUGUAAAACAAACUGUUCUCAAUCUAUUCAUGAAUAGUGACCAUUUCUUGAGCUAAAUGAUAUGGUACUCCAAAUUUCUAUAUUUGAACAUGAAGAGUGUGUAUUCCCUUUAACACUAAUUAAAGUUUGGAGAAAUAUUUAUAUAAUAUUGACUGGCCUUGAGGGGAACAUCAAAUAUAUUGCCAGCAACAGAAUCAUACUGGUUCUAUAUGGCUCUUUUAAAGGCAAUAUAUUUGAUGUUCCCCCGAACAGAGGAGCCAUUCAGUAUUAUUAUAACAUACAGCUGUAUAAUUUUUUAUUCAAGCUAAUAUUUGGAACAAUUUCUAUGACUAUUUGCUUGUCACAACUUCUGAUUUGAGGUUUUUUGCUAAGUAAUUGUGACAUAAAUUGUUACUGCACAGUCACGCGCCAUACAUGGCGCACACAUACUAUUUGCUCUUUAUGAGUAAAUAUCUUGGGCAUGAGUUUGAUCCAAUAGCGCAUUGUGUAUAUAUUGCGUUGCUUUACAAACUGGUUCAAACCAGAUUUCGCAAAUACUGAAAUUAGCUAUAAAAAAUGGCUCCUACUGCAGCGCACUGACAGAAAUAUGGCAAAUGUUUCGCUCUAUUUUUGUACAGUACCUAUAAGCAAGGGAGAGGGCAACAUGUCAAAUUUUCAGCAUGUUGGUCUCGGAUUGAAGGUAGCAAGCGAAAUAUUUUUUUUAUUUAGCUGCUAAAAUGCCUUGUAUAGGUAAUAAUGAAUAAUGAUUCAGAAACAAAAUAUUUCAAUUAAAAAAAAAGAUCGAAAUUCAGCUUAGCCAAUGAUGGGAAUCCAAUUGAUAAGAAAUUUAAUAUGGCACCCAAGAAGGGGUGAUCAGUCAUGUGUAUUGAGGAUAACUUUAUGAAACACCACCUACAUAAAAAAAACGUGGGGGUAGAGUUUCUAAAAUAGCCCUCAUGAUAAUAAAGAAAAGACCCUGCAUAUUUUCUGCUGCAUGGGCUCCUUAUAAGACUUGUAAAUUGAUACAAACAGAAGUAGGAAAUUAGUCCCUGAUCAGAAAACAUCACACUUUUUUCUUGUAGAGAUCCUCCCUGUAUGAACAAGUUUUUGGUACUCUCUGAUAUUCUAUCUUGCUCCAACAUAUAUCUCUAUACCUAAUGCUUGUGAUCAGAUAUCAAAUAGAGUUGAUGUUGUGAAGACCAGCAUUUGUAUUGCAAAUGUUUUAAUUUAUCUUGUAUUGUUUAUAUUGUCUUCCUUGUUUUUCAUCUGCCUGUUCUUGAUUCUCUUGGUCUUUUCCUUCAACCUUCUUUAGGGGCAGUGAUAGUGGUGUUUUUUGUGUGUGGAGGGGCAGGGGGCGGGGGGCAUGGUGAGCUGAAGGUUACUUCAUUUUUUUCUACAUACAAGAAAAUGAGGUAUUACAUAGCUAUACAACUCAAAAUACUCUAUUCAAUAUUUCUCCUUUUUUAUUUAUUAUUUUUGGUCCCUUUUUUAUCCCUUUCAAUUUUCAGUCAUUUGAAAAUCAUAGUGGUAGUCCCCAGAUGCUCUCCCAUGUAAAUAUCCAUCCGUCUCUAUUUUUUCCUCCUUUGUUAAUUUCUUCUUACUUUCUGUCUCUCUUUAUUUCACUCCCUGUCAUUUUUUUUCUCUCUCUCUCUCACACCUCACACACACUAUGAGCUGUAUUUGUAUUCCAAUGAUUUUUCAUGGUAAAGAUUAAACAACUUUCUACCCCCUUUUCUCUCUUCUCUACAUCUGUCUUCUUCUCAUUUACCUUUAUUACCAUGUUUUUAUACUCUUUUGAUCAUAAUUUUACAGAUAUUUUCCUCUCAUCUUAGUUAUAAUCAUUAUUAGAUCUAUAUUCAGUGAAAUUCUAUUUUUGUACCUCUUGACCAAUAUAUUCUUGCUAUACACUGUAUUUGUAAUGUUUGUGAUGUAUAUAAUUAUUAUGCAGUCUGCUUUAUUUCUAUAAAAGGGGGAAACUACACAACACUUAUUUCCAUUUCAUUUCACUGUUACAUUUCACUGAACAUAAACAAGCAAAGAAUGUCAAAUGCAAAUUUAGUUUAUGCCAGGGGUCGAUCUAAAUCUCAGAACUCAUACUCAAUACCCUCUCACAACAACAACAACAACAACACACAACAAAAUAUGGAAUCCCCAUGUUUCUUAUUCACAUACAGUUAUCUGUAUAAUCUGAAUGAUUCAUUUUCUCUGUGCAAUAACUUCGCUUUUGUCUUAAAAUGUAUAAAAUGUCUUGUAUAAAAUAUAUAAUUCUCUGUUAAACAUAUUAAUGUGUUGAGUAUUGAGAUGUAUGUGUAUAAAAACAAUGGUCAUAUCAUUAAAAUACCAAUUUAGAACUUA